ACACUCCUUUGACAUAACACGUUAACAUUCAUUUACAUUUUGCAUAGCAAGAAGUUCCUGUUUUUGCAACUUUGAAAGGAAAAAGAGUUAAUUAGACAACUCCAGAGAAAAAAAAUGGGCACAGCAACAUGCGUAGACAUCAUUCUUGCCAUCAUCCUACCUCCUCUUGGAGUUUUCCUUAGGUUUGGAUGCAAGGUGGAGUUCUGGAUCUGUUUGCUGCUGACAAUUUUAGGUUAUAUACCUGGAAUUAUCUAUGCUAUCUACGCUAUCACCAAGUGAUCAACCUUUAUAGCUUCAGUGGAGAAUGAAUAAACGUCAAGGGUGUUUCUGUCUUUUGGUUCUGAUACUGGUGUUUCUCUAAAAUUGGUUGCUGAGGGUCAAGACUGAUUUUUAUCCCCACCUCACAAAAAAAAAAAAAAAUUAUGUAAAUCAUUGUCCAUUGUAUUUAUUAUAUGCUGGUUCUAAUGAGUGUUUUGUUUUGGGCAUCUGUGAGAGGAGUGUGUAAGAGUGUCUAGAUUUGGUAUAGAAGAGCACAACUUUUUUUUUUUUCAAUUUUUGUAUUAAUGUGUUCACUAUGAAGUAAUAAAUUUCCUUUCAUUUUCGUUUA